CCCGCGGCGGUGGCCGCAGCCCGGCCGCGUGACCCGCGCGCGCCAAUGGCCGCGCCAAUGGCGGUCUCCGGGGCGACGCGGAGGGUCCGCGCUCCGCCGCCCCCGCGCCCCCGCCCCGAGUCCGCAGUGCAGAGAGUGGCGGCGAGCAGGCGCCGGCGCGCUGGCCCACGUGCCGCGCGGAGCGAGGGACCGCGAGAGGAAGCGGGAGAGAGAGCCGCGCGGGAGAGCCGGGGAGAGAGGCGCGCACCGCCCGGCCGCGGCGCCGCGCAGCCCCUGCGCCCCUCCUGCUGGGGCCUCCGCCGGGAAAGACCCCGACCCAGAGGAAGGCUGUGGAGACCUGGUCUGUCUCCUGUCGCCCUGGGACUUGACUCUGAUAUAUGCGCAUCACGAAGUGAUCAUUCCCCCCUCAACUAGACUCCGCAGAGACUGGGGACAUGCCAUUGACUCUGUUGCAGGAUUGGUGUAGGGGGGAACACCUGAACACCCAGCGGUCCAUGCUCAUCCUGGGGAUUCCUGAGGACUGUGGUGAGGAUGAAUUCGAGGAGACUCUUCGGGAGGCUCUCAGGCACCUGGGCAGGUAUAGGGUCAUUGGUAGGAUGUUUAGGAGGGAAGAGAAUGCCCAAGCGUUUCUCUUGGAGCUUGCCCAAGAUAUUGACUAUUCUUUGAUCCCCAGGGAAAUACCUGGAAAGGGAGGGCCUUGGGAAGUGGUUGUAAAACCUCGGAACUCAGAUGGGGAAUUUCUCAAUAGACUGAACCGCUUCUUAGAGGAAGAGAGGCGGACAGUGUCUGACAUGAACAGGGUGCUUGGAUCGGACAUCAACUGUCCUGCUCCAAGACUGGCCAUAUCUCCUGACUUCUGGACUUGGGCCCAGACCCUGGGGGCCGCAGUGCAGCCACUGCUAGAACAAGUGUUGUACAGAGAACUAAGAGUGUUUUCUGGGAACACUGUGUCCAUCCCAGGGGCAUUGGCCUUUGAAGCCUGGCUUGAGCACACCACUGACAUGCUACAGAUGUGGCAGGUCCCCGAGGGUGAAAAGAGGCGGCGGCUGAUGGAGUGCUUGCGGGGCCCCGCUCUGCAGGUGAUCAGCGGGCUGCGGGCCAGCAAUGCUGCUAUAACUGUGGAGGAGUGCCUGGCCGCCCUGCAGCAGGUGUUUGGACCUGUGGAGAGCCGCAGAAUUGCCCAUGUAAAAUUUUGUAAGGCCUAUCAGGAGGUAGGAGAGAAAGUCUCCAGCUUUGUGUUGCGUUUGGAACCCCUGCUCCAAAGAGCCGUACAAAAAAAUGCAGUGUUACGGAGGAAUGUGAAUCAGGCUCGCCUGAAACAAGUCUUAAGUGGGGCUACCCUUACUGACAAACUUCGAGACAGGCUUAAGCUGAUGAAACAGCGAAGGAAGCCACCUGGUUUCCUGGCACUGGUGAAGCUCCUACGUGAGGAAGAGGAGUGGGAGGCCACUUUUGGUCCAGACAGGGAGAGGAUACCAGGGCUAGAUGCAGGCAUAAGGUCAUCUGCCAGAGCCAACGCUUUCAGAGCAGUGUCCUUCCCUGCCCCUGGCAACACUCUUCAGGCCAGGCCUUCCCAAGGCUUCAGACGCAGGAGGGGCAGAGGACAGCACCGAAGGGGACGUGUGCUAAGGGCCAGGUCUCGAGGUUCAGGAAAACGGAAACAUCACACGUUCUGCUAUAGCUGUGGAGAAGAUGGCCACAUUAAGGCGCAGUGCAGCAAUGCUCCAAACCUGCUCUUGGUAAGGCAGAGGAGACAGGCUGCAGCAGAGUCGGGAAAUGGGAACUGGGCUUGGGAAAAGAGCCAUCCCAAGCCCAAGACCAAGUAGGCUCCGGAGAACAGGGCAGCUCCUCUUACUACAGGCCAAGGAAAUGGAAGAGUUAUUGCAAGAAUGGAAAGGGGCAGUCCACACAAACAGCAGGGUACUCGAGUGGGGUGGAGGGGCAAAGAAGCCAGACCCAGGCUGAGCCCCCUCAUCCUCUGUCAGCUGAAAGGGACUGCACUCACCAAGCCACACAGGGCUCAGUGAUGGCCAAGAGCAGUGCCCUGAAGAGGUGCCAGAGACACAAGUGGCAGGCUGCCACAUUCAGCACAUGGGGUUCACCAGAUGCAGGCAAAGACUUCGACAUCACAGAGGCUGAAGAAGGUGCAGCUGGGGACUCGGUCAUUGGUCCCACUGUCUGGCCACCCCUAUAUGCCCACCCCAUGGGCUCCAAGCUGAAGAUGCCUACUGGCCCUCAGGCCACAUUGGGCCUGGAGGAAUCUUCCCCAGGGCCAGUCCUACCAACAAGAGUCAGCUCUUGCGCAGCCAAGAGGAAAUGCCCUGGCGCAGAUGCCACACAGUCCAGCCCGUCUUUAGGGUUGUCUGCACUGCUCUAGGGGAGCAAGAAGGCAAGAAGGCAACACCCUCGAGCACCUGCACGAGGGAGAGCAGGAGACCCAAACGCCCUGGUAGCCCAGCACCAGCCUACGGGCAGUUUCCUUCCCCUACAGCCUGGAAGGGCUCUGAGGGCAAGGGGAGCAAAGACCGUGAGGCGAAGACCCCUGGGCCACACAGAGUCUCGGCUUAGCCUGAGAGGUGGGUGGCCGCAUACCUGGCCGACCAGUACGCUACAGCUGGCUCUAGUGUGGCUGGAUGUGCAGGGAAACUUUUGUUCCAAAGUAGGAAGAGGAAGAGAAAGAGGAGGAGGAAAGGAGGAGAAAAAGUAUAGGAAGGAAGAGGAAAAGGUGAAGGAGAAAGAGAAGGAAAAGGGAGAGGAGGGAGGGGGAGGACUUCGUGGUGCGACGUGUUUCUGCUUUUGUUUGUCCGGUGUCACUGGAGACCAGGAGAACAUGGGCAAGGAGACCUGGGACUGGCCUGGUGAAUCACAGUUCAGCAGCUGCCAAUGCCAAGGCUCCGAUCCCUGCCAACCUGGGGAGCUGGCUUGGGACACCCCUGAGUGGUCAGCCCCAGUCUAGGUGAGGGGCACCCGGAGCCAUCUGCCAUCCAUACUGGACUGGGAGAUGUUAGGGACCAUUUCAAAGGUGCCAGCCUCUUGGGUCUCCCAAGAGGGAGACCCUCAUGUGCACCCCCCCCCCCAGGGCACGUCGCUCCAUGUUCUGGGAAACCCGCUUGUGUCUCUGUGGGGCCCUUAUGACCCACGUGUCACGUUACUCCCCCACCCCACUAGGUCCCGUUCCUGUACAGAGCCUUGAGGUGUGCAAGAGCCCGCGGUGGGUGUCCUGGCCCACCGGGGCAGCCACCCCCCCAGCCCGGGGGCCUGCCGUGAGCCUCAGUGGCGACCGGGGCUCCGCUCGCUCUCUCUCCCAGUGUUGUGAGCUCCACCGCUGCUUUCUCGGUGUAGAUUUAAGCCGGCCGCUGCUUGUUCUCGUGGAGAUGUGUGUGUGUGUGUGCUUCUCUGAGCGGCUGUCCCCAGCCCCAUCUCCGAGAUCCCCAGCCCAGUUCCAGGAGACGGCCGGAAGGAUGCCCGAGGGCACGGCUGCUGCUCGCCCCGUGACCUCGGGAAGGAGGAACCAACCAAGGACCGAGGUGGCCAGCGGGAGUCUCCACGGGAACCGUGCUCUGAUGUGCCACCCCGUUGUUUCUUGUGACUCCGUGUCCCCGGCUUGGCCGAGUGUCCCCUGCUGCGUUUUCCGCCAUCCCGGGACUGUCCUGUGCAGACCAUGGGGCGGGACCAGGCCCCAGCCUGUCGGCCAGAGGGGAGGGUGCGUGCCCUGGGGUGAGGGGACGUGCGUGGCCAGCGUCCGUCGUCCUGGCCAGAGGUUGAUUGUGGGGCCCCCAGGAAGGGAGACUGAGGCGGGAGGGCCACGGUGUUGGGGGAAGCAGAGGCACCUCGUUUGGGACCCCAAGAGGAGGGGGAGGCCAUGACCCAUGGGCUCUAGUGGCCGUUAGAUGUUCCUCUCUCUGUUGUCAUUCCCUGUCUUCGAUGGUUUCAUUACAUGUUUUCUU